AUGCAUAAUUUUAUUUAUAUAAAUAUGGAAACAGAAACAAAGUUCAAAUUUCUACUAAUCGGACACUCACCUGUUGGAAAAUCAGCUUUAUUAUUCAAAUUUUGUGAUAACGAAUUUCCAGAAAAACAUAACUCAACUAUUGGAGUAGAUUUUAAAACAAAGUCUUUAGAAUUCAACAAUAAAGCCUUCAAGUUACAGAUUUGGGAUACUUCAGGAUAAGAGCAAUAUAUGAGCCUCCUGAAAAAUUAUUUCACAGGAUCUCAUGGAGUUUUAAUUGUUUAUGAUAUUACAAAUAGGCAAAGUUUUACCGAAAUAUCUAAAUGGAUAGAAUUGACGAAAAAUCCAAACACAAAUGUAGCUAAAAUUUUAGUUGGGAACAAAUCUGAUUUGAAUGGGGCAAGAGAAGUAACUUCAGAAGAAGGCUAAUAAUUGGCAAACACUUAAGGUAUGCUAUUUAUAGAAACAUCUGCAAAGGAAGGAUUUAAUGUUGAGCAUGCUUUUCUAAAUUUAAUAGAGGAAGCCUAAGCUCGUCUUGAAAAAUAGAAGAAAGCUGAAGAAACACAAAUUCAAUGAUAUAAUAAAACAAACAAUAACAAUUACAAUUUAUAAUAACU